GGCAGCACCACGCAUCGCGCCAUGGGGGCCUCAUCUGGCCUCCGGGCAUCUGGGCCGCCGCCGGUGCUGUCGCUGUUGCCGCUGCUGCAGCUACUGCUGCUGCCGCCGUCGCCCGCGGCCCAGGCGCUGGACCCCGGGCUGCUGCCGGGCAACUUUUCUGCCGACGAGGCCGGGGCGCAGCUGUUUGCGCAGAGCUACAACUCGAGCGCCGAGCAGGUGCUGUUCCAGAGCACGGCGGCCAGCUGGGCGUACUCCACCAACAUCACCGAGGAGAAUGCGCAGCGCCAGGAGGAAGCAGUCCUGCUCAACCAACGGUUUGCAGAGGCCUGGGGCCAGAAGGCCAAGGAGCUGUAUGGGCCCAUCUGGCAGAACUUCACUGAUCCAAAGCUGCGCAAAGUCAUCAGAGCUGUGUGUACCCUGGGCCCUGCCAACCUGCCCCUGGCCAAGCAGCAGCAGUAUGUCUCCCUGCAAACCAACAUGAGCCGGAUCUACUCCACCACCAAGGUCUGUUUCCCUAACAAGACUGCCACCUGCUGGUCCCUGGACCCAGAGCUCACCAACAUCCUGGCUUCCUCAAGAAGCUAUGCUAGGCUGCUGUUUGCCUGGGAGGGCUGGCAUGACACCGUGGGCAUCCCGCUGAAAGCCCUAUACCAGGAUUUCACCACCAUCAGCAACGAGGCCUACAGGCAGGAUGGCUUCUCAGACACAGGGGCCUAUUGGCGCUCCUGGUACAACUCAGCCACCUUUGAGGAGGAUCUGGAGCACCUCUAUCAUCAGUUAGAGCCCCUCUACCUGAACCUCCAUGCCUACGUCCGCCGAGCACUGCACCGACGAUAUGGGGACAGAUACAUCAACCUCAGGGGACCCAUCCCUGCUCAUCUGCUGGGAGACAUGUGGGCCCAGAGCUGGGACAACCUCUAUGACAUGGUGGUGCCUUUCCCAGGCAAGCCCAACCUCGACGUCACCAGUACUAUGGUGAAGCAGGGCUGGAACGCCACACACAUGUUCCGGGUGGCAGAGGAGUUCUUCACCUCCCUGGGGCUCUCGCCCAUGCCUCCGGAGUUCUGGGCAGAGUCGAUGCUGGAGAAGCCGGCUGACGGGCGGGAGGUGGUGUGCCAUGCCUCAGCCUGGGACUUCUAUAACAGGAAGGACUUCAGGAUCAAGCAGUGCACGCAGGUGACUAUGGACCAGCUGUCCACGGUGCACCACGAGAUGGGCCACGUACAGUACUACCUGCAGUACAAGGACCAGCCCGUCUCCCUGCGCGAGGGUGCCAACCCUGGCUUUCACGAGGCCAUUGGGGACGUCCUAGGGCUCUCAGUCUCCACUCCAGCACAUCUGCACAAAAUUGGCCUGCUGGAUCAUGUCACUAAUGACACAGAAAGUGACAUUAAUUACUUGCUAAAGAUGGCUCUGGACAAGAUUGCCUUCCUGCCCUUUGGCUACUUGGUGGACCAAUGGCGCUGGGGAGUGUUUAGUGGACACACACCUCCUUCCCGCUACAACUCUGACUGGUGGUAUCUUCGGACCAAGUAUCAAGGGAUCUGUCCUCCAGUUGUCCGAAACGAAACCCACUUUGAUGCUGGAGCUAAGUUUCAUAUCCCAAAUGGGACACCAUACAUCAGGUACUUUGUGAGUUUCAUCCUGCAGUUCCAGUUCCAUCAAGCCCUGUGCAAGGAGGCAGGCCACCAGGGCCCUCUGCACCAGUGUGACAUCUACAAGUCCACCCAGGCGGGGGCCAAGCUCCAGGAGGUGCUACGGGCAGGCUCGUCCAGGCCCUGGCAGGAGGUGCUGAAGAAUAUGACUGGCUCAGAUGCCCUAGACGCUCAGCCGCUGCUCGACUACUUCCAACCAGUCAGCCAAUGGCUGCAGGAGCAAAACCAGCAGAACAAUGAGAUCCUGGGCUGGCCAGAAUACCAGUGGCGUCCUCCAUUGCCUACGAACUACCCAGAAGGCAUUGACCUGAUAACCGAUGAGGCUGAGGCCAACAAGUUUGUGGAAGAAUAUGACCAGGUAUCCCAGGUGGUAUGGAAUGAGUUCGCCGAGGCUAACUGGAACUACAACACCAACAUCACCACGGAGGCCAGCCAGAUCCUGCUGCAGAAGAACUUGGAGAUAGCCAACCACACCCUGAAGUGGGGCAUCCAAGCCAGGCAGUUUGACGUGAGCACCUUCCAGAACACCACCACCAAGCGGGUCAUAAAGAAGGUUCAGGACCUAGAUCGGGCAGCGCUGCCUGCCAAGGAGCUGGAGGAGUACAAUAAGAUCCUGCUGGAAAUGGAAACCACGUACAGCGUGGCCACUGUGUGCCACACGAACGGCACCUGUCUGCAGCUGGAGCCUGAUCUGACAAGUAUGAUGGCCACAUCCCGGCAAUACUAUGAACUGUUAUGGGCCUGGAAGAGCUGGCGGGAUAAAGUGGGGAGAGCCAUCCUCCCUUCUUUCCCAAAGUACGUGGAACUCACCAACAAAGCUGCCCGGCUCAAUGGCUACAUAGACGGAGGGGACUCAUGGAGGUCCAUGUAUGAGAUGCCGUCCCUGGAGCAGAACCUGGAGGAGCUGUUCCAGGAGCUGCAGCCGCUCUACCUGAACCUGCACGCUUACGUGCGCCGUGCCCUGCACCGCCACUAUGGGGCCCAGCACAUCAACCUGGAGGGCCCCAUCCCUGCGCAUCUGCUGGGGAACAUGUGGGCGCAGACCUGGUCCAACAUCUAUGACUUAGUGGUGCCCUUCCCUUCAGCCCCGUCCAUGGACGCCACAGAGGCAAUGAUAAAGCAGGGCUGGACACCCAGAAGGAUGUUUAAGGAAGCUGAUAAUUUCUUCAUAUCCCUGGGGCUGCUGCCCGUGCCCCCUGAGUUCUGGAACAAGUCGAUGCUAGAGAAGCCGACUGAUGGCCGGGAGGUGGUGUGCCAUGCCUCAGCCUGGGACUUCUACAAUGGCAAGGACUUUCGGAUCAAGCAGUGCACGUCGGUGAACAUGGAGGACCUGGUGGUAGCCCACCACGAAAUGGGCCACAUCCAGUAUUUCAUGCAGUACAAGGACUUGCCUGUAGCCUUGAGAGAGGGUGCCAACCCAGGCUUUCACGAAGCCAUUGGGGAUGUGCUGGCCCUCUCUGUGUCUACCCCUAAGCACCUACACAGCCUCAACCUGCUGAGUAGUGAGGGUGUUGGCUAUGAGAACGACAUCAACUUUCUGAUGAAGAUGGCACUCGACAAGGUCGCCUUUAUCCCCUUCAGCUACCUGGUCGACCAGUGGCGCUGGAGGGUAUUCGAUGGGAGCAUCAGCAAGGAGAACUACAACCAGGAGUGGUGGAGCCUCAGGCUAAAGUACCAGGGUCUCUGCCCCCCGGUUGCCAGGUCUCAAGGUGACUUUGACCCAGGAGCCAAGUUCCACAUUCCUUCAAGUGUGCCUUACAUCAGGUACUUUGUCAGCUUCGUAAUCCAAUUCCAGUUCCAUGAGGCGCUGUGCCACGCGGCUGGCCAUGAGGGCCCCCUGCACAAGUGUGACAUCUAUCAGUCCAAGGAGGCAGGGAAGCGCCUCGCGGACGCCAUGAAGCUGGGCUUCAGUAAGCCAUGGCCAGAAGCCAUGAAGCUGAUCACGGGCCAGCCCAACAUGUCUGCCUCCGCCAUGAUGAACUACUUCAAGCCACUGCUGGACUGGCUGGUCACAGAGAAUGGGCGGCAUGGGGAGAAGCUAGGCUGGCCACAGUACAACUGGACGCCAGACUCCGCUCGCUCGGAAGGCCCCGUCCCGGACACCGGACGCGUCAACUUCCUGGGCCUGAACCUGGACGCACAGCAGGCCCGUGUGGGCCAGUGGGUGCUGCUCUUCCUGGGCGUCGCUCUACUGGUGGCCACCUUGGGGCUCACCCAGCGGCUCUUCAGCAUCCGCCACCACAGCAUCCGUAGGCCCCACCGUGGACCCCAGUUCGGCUCCGAGGUGGAGCUGAGACACUCCUGAGAUGGCUAGACUGGGCCAGUCUCACCAAAGACUGGGAGGGGGACAAGGGCACACCCAGCCUACUCUCCUCCUCUUCCCGCCCUGUUCCCCUCCCAGCUCUGUCCUCCAGACUGACAGCCACCCCAUCCCCCCCCUCUUUCUCCAGGCACAUAACAGGAGUGUCUCAGCCCUCACCCUUCAAAUCUGUCUGUGAAUACAAUUAAAGGUCCUC